AUCGCACCUGGUUGAAGCGCAGGGAUGCGGGUGCUCCCGGAUGCUGUCUGCGCGGGGGGCAUGGGCCGUGCUUGGGUGUCGGAUCCUGGAGCGCCCGCUCGUCUUUGAUCUCGGCCGCUGCUCACCAUCCGCGAGCGGGGCAUCCUUUGCCCGACCUUCAACCUCUGGCCUCCUCUGCCGCUGACAGUCAUGGCCAACAGCUACGACUCGUACCGCAACUCGUCGAUGCCGAUCGUCGUCGAUGCCGGAUCCCACUCGCUUCGGGCGGGCUGGGCGGACCAGAAAUUACCUCCAUUGAUUUUCGAUAAUAUCGUGGCGAAGCAUAAAGAUAAAAAGGGCACGCACCAUCGGAUCCUCGUCGGCAACAAUGUCCAUCUCGCCGGCCUGACGGGGGCAGCCAAGUCGGCCUUUGAUGGCGGCGUUCUGGUCAACUCUGAUCUGAUGGAGCAUACGCUGGACUAUAUUUUUCUGCGGCUCGGCAUAGACACCGAUCGGGUUCACCAUCCGGUUCUGAUGACCGAGCCUGUCUGCAAUCCUCUGCACUCGCGAAAACUCUCCUCGGAGCUUCUGUUUGAGGUCUACCAGGCGCCGUCCGUUUCGUACGGAAUCGACGCCUGCUUCAGCUACUACAACAACCAGAUGCCUCUGGGAUCCAGCCAAGGCGGGUUCAUCGUGUCGGCAAACCACAACGGAACGGUCCUGCUGCCGAUAUGGGACUCGCGAUGCGUGGUUGAGCAUUGCCGAAGGAUAUCGUACGGCGGCCUGCAGAGUGUCGACUACAUGAUGAAGGUGCUGCAGAUGAAGUUCUCGUCGAUCCCUCCAGUCAAGAUUUCUCCUGCGGACGCGGAGAGCUACGUGCACAAUCAUUGCUAUGUCUCGUUGGACUACAUGAACGAGCUACGAGAGCUGUCCAACCCGCAGAGCUUGGCGCCAAAGGAUAUCGCGAUCCAGUUCCCGUACAUUUCCAAGUUUGGCCCCACUCUCACAGCAGAGGAGCAAGAACGAGCGGCCCAGCGACGCAAGGAGCAGGGACGGAGGCUUCAAGAGCAGGCUGCCAAGAAUCGAGAAGAAAAGCUGCGAAAGAAGGAAGAAUACUUGGAGGUCCUCAACGCAUUGCUUCAGAAUCCUGAUAAUGCGGAGCUUCGAUCGCACGGGUUUGAGUCGCUGGCCGAGUGCGAGGAUGUCGUCAAAGAAACUGAAGUUGCUAUCAAGAAGGCUCGGAACAAGCAAUUGGGGAUCGUCGAGCCGCCGCCAGAGCGCGACGAGCCUGUGUUUUUGUACCUGGAUGUGCCCGACUCGGAGCUCACCGAAGAGCAAAAGAAGGAGAAGCGCAAGAGCCGACUGCUUAAGGCUGGCCACGACGCCCGCGAGAGAGCACGCAAGGACAAGGAGCAGGAGCGGCUACGAGAGGAAGAGCUUCUGCGACAUGAAGAAGAAGCGCGCAAUGCAGACUUUGGCAAGUGGCUCACCGAGCUCAGAGCCAAGCGACAGCUGGUGGUUGACAAGGUUCGAGCACGGCAGCGCAAGAGAGCGCAGCUGGCCGAUCGACGCAGCCAGGCCUCGCAGAUGCGCAUGAAGAACAUUGCAUCGCUGGCAAGCGAUGAGCCAACGCCAAAACGUCGCCGGAAGGCACAAACUGAGGAUACCUUUGGUGCCGACGAUGACGACUGGGGAAUCUACCGAGAAAUCAAAGGUGUCGAAGACGAGGACGAAGACGAGGAGGAUGCCCUGUUGCUGUCAAAAUACGAUGGGCUCCUGACGACGCACGAUCCAGAGUUUGUGCCUGAGGAUAUCUUUGGCGAGAACAAGUCGCCGUUUGCAAACACGCUGAUCGACUAUCUCUCGCAUGGCGUCCCCACGGGCCGCGAAACUGAGAUCGAGAAAGAGGCUCGCGACUACCAGAUCCAUCUCAACGUCGAGCGAAUCCGCAUCCCCGAGGUGCUAUUUCAGCCCUCGAUUGCUGGGCUUGAUCAGGCCGGAGUCGUCGAGGUGCUGUCGGAUGUGAUCGAACGAUUUGACCAAGCGGCGCAGAUCCGUAUGAUUGAGAACGUCUUUGUCACCGGCGGACACUCGCAGUAUCCAAACUUUACCACGCGGCUCUACAACGAAAUCCGCGCCCUAUGCGAGCCCUCUCAGAAAGUCAACAUUGUUCUGGCUAGAGAUCCUUUGCUGGAUGCAUGGAAAGGAGCCGCCAAAUACGCCCUGGCACACCGGCCAAGCAGCGACCAGCCCAGCUCCAUCUGGAUCCAACGGGAGCAAUGGGAUGAGUGUGGCCACGACUACCUGAUCGAGCACGCCUUGAGCAAUCGGUACUACGGUGCAUCCAUUUUGAAACGGGACACUCUGUUUUGAGCCAGGACUGUUGAUUAUUUCUGGGCCUUGAAUACACUCACCCGUCCAUCGCAGCCAUGGCCACAUGAUGUACUCACGGUGCAUGGAAGCUAAGCGACUCAAGUUACCCUGGCCAGAGCCCCGAAUAUACGGAUCACCGAUGCCGAUGCCGACGCCGAUGUCGACGCCGGGAUGGCAGCCCGCGUAAUGAGGUAUUUGGUCCUUCCCGA